CGACGAUGCUGGAAGUCAUUUUUUUCCCCUACAAAUACCCUCUUCCCCGUCCUCUACUCUUUGCUAAGCCUCCUCUGCUUCAGCCUUCAUUUUUUUGUUUUAUUUAUCGUCUCAUCUUCUUCUUCCUCUGUUUCCAACAAUGGCGGACUCUGUUCCAUUGAUGAACUCCUUCAACCAUUGCAAGUCCUUUCAGAAACAGGGCAUCCUUACCAUUCUCCCCUCCCAUAAUACUCAGUUACCCAUUGACCCACCUCCUUCCCUGAGGAGAACUCUCUCCGCCGACAUGUCUUCUGCUAAGUGGAUCACUCGCCAUGGAUCUCCGGCGAUCAGCAAAACUGCCUCUUUUCAAGCUUUGUCGGCUGCUCAUUCCUCGUCCUUUGAACAGAGAGUUGGGUUUUCGUGUUCUGUUCCACAAGAUCAUAAGAACAAGGUGGAGUCUCGAAAACAAGAGGAUUUGGAUUCUUGGAGGUCGAUUCUGUUUCAGAACUCUGUUUCUGAUGCUCCUAAAUCCCCUGUUCUUCCUUAUGUUCAUCCUCUUGUUAAGAAAUCAACUAACUCUCUUGGUGAAAAUAGUCUUUUAAUUUGUACUGAGAGUCUCGGGUCUGAGUCUGGCUCCGAUGGGUUUUCGUCGUACUCGUCGUCGGAGGCUGGAGAUUUUGACGGCGAGAUGAUGAAAACAGAGUACCCAUUUCAAUGGAAGCCGGUUAAAUUUGGCCGGAAGAAAACGCCGCCGAGGUCUUUUCCUCCGAUGAUUUCUUCUCUCACUUCCUCUGACGGCGGCUCUGUUUCCAUUCAGUCCCGCCGGGAAAAUGGUCGGUUAAUUCUCGACGCCUGCUCUGUUCCGUCUCAGAAAAACUUCCGAGCAGAACGCCGGGAUGGGCGUCUGAUUCUCUCUUUUGUUACUACUCCGGCGAAAUUAAACGUUCAAGAGGAAGAAGACGAGUUUGAAGAAUUAAUUGCUGGGGAUUUUGAGGAAGUGAAAGAAUCGGAAGACGAGGAGAACGAUUUGGAAGCCGAGGAAUUGGAAAUUCCGAUGGAGAAGACUCCGAUACUGUCGAGCUCUGUUAUGAACUUCCACCGAUUAGCAAUGAUGAUGAAGAAACCUAAUGGGUUGAUCAAUCGGAAUCCGGCGUGGCCGGAGGAAAAAGAUGCUCCACUGUCACAGUCACUCCCAACGCGUCCUCCGUCGCUUGCGGCGGCUUCUCUGAAUCCAUACGAGUACUACUGGCAAUCAAAACCCACCGGAAUUAAAAACCCAAUUGGCCGACAAGAAAAUCAGGUGAUAGACAAUGAAACAGCGAAUGAGAAACAGCAAAUUAAGGUUGUGAGAGGGAACAGAGGAGAGUGUUUGGUUCCAUUAUCGAAUUGCUGUAAAGUGCCAAGAAGGUCUCUUGUUCUUCUCCGGGAGCACUGCUGCAUUGCCACCACCUGAUCCACCGCCGCCGCCGCCGCCGCCGCAAAUCUCCAUACAAAUUUAUUUUGAAUUGUUAAAUCUCAGGCACCCAAUAAGGAAUAAGAGAGAGGGCCAUCGAAGAAGACGAUGGAAAAUGAACUAAAAUUAGGAAUUCUAGAAUUAAAAAAAAUCAAAGGAGACUGAUGUUGACCCAUACAUUUUCAUGGGUUUUUUUGUCUUCUUUUAAUAAUUGAUAUAAAUAUUUUUUGGCCAAUGGGGUUUGAAUAUGCGUCCAGUCUGUACGAAUUGGUCUUCCAUUUUUGCAACAUCAUAAUCCAACACUCAUUUGGAGUUUUCUUU